AGAACAACUAGCAACAGCAAACAAGAAAUCAACACUCGAUAUUUAACUGAAUCAUGGGAUGCGACUGCUGUGGCCCUCCAGCAUCAGCUGCGGAGUCGGUCACCGCUGAGACACCUCCUCCAAGCGGUAUCGGAAGUUGCAAGGAUGCUUGCUGCGAUGGAGAUGACGCUGCGACUGGAGUUAAGGAUGAAGAGCCAGUGAACAAAGAACCGGCUGAUGAUUGCUGUGCUUCUGGUAGCUGUGAGGAGCCGAACAAGGAUGACGCACCGGAAUGCUGCCGCGGAAAAACAAGCCCAUGCUGCAAUGCUUCUUGCAUUGACCGGAUCGCCAUACGAGAGUGCGAGCUGAGUGCUUCUCACAAGCCGGAUGCAACGGGUUGCGGCAGCUCUAGCUCCAGCUGCAAUGGCGCAGCCGACGGCAAGGCAUGCAGCAAGCACAGUCUAUCUGCUCUCGACCGCUAUGGUGCAACUCUGAAGGCACUCGGAUGUAUCUGCCGCGCUCUCAUUGCUCUGGGUCAAGAGUCUUGCUGUGAGACCAAGGGCCGCUCUGCUAUCGCCAAGCAAUGCUCCAAGAAGUCGUCUUCCCGCUCUCUGAUCCGCACAUCAACGGACUCUUGCUGCAGCACCGGCUCUGUUACGAAAGAAAAGGCUGCGCAGAACCGUCUUCGCUUGCGAAAUGGUUCCAAUGAGAGUACCAGGUCCGCCAAACAGCCCUCUGUCAAGGAGAGCUGCACUAAGUCGUGCUGUUCCGUUGUUAAACCCGACCAAGAAGCAACCCCUAAGAAGUGUAUCAGCUCAUGCUGUUCGGUGGAUAACGGCAAAUCCAACUGUCCUGAACCUAAGCCGGUCAAAGACAAGGACAAGGACGGCUGUUCUGGUGGAUGUUGUUCCAAGAAGGCUGCACCCAAGGUUCAACCCACUGAAAAGAGUUGUGUCAGCAAAUGCUGCAGCAAUGGUGAACUUUCCAGGAAAGCUGCUGAAAACGACGGGUGUCCCGAUAAAUGCUGCACCAGUCAGCCCACAGAACCCUCUACUGCUAAGAAUAGGUUGAUGGCUGAAGUUGAAAAGAGCAACUGCACCAAGUCCUGCUGUGACGAGGAAAUAGCGGCGAUCGUCAAGGAGCUGCCCAAGUCCACCUGUGUAAGUUCCCGCUGCACGCCAGCUGAGAAAAUUGUCACCAAAUCUUCCGACAGCUGUGCCGAUUCUUGCUGCGAGAAGGCUCCAUCUGUCACCUGUCGAGACUCUCCGGCGGAUGCUUGUUGCGUUUCUGCGCCGCCCGAUAAGGGAAUGAAGGUCGAAACAACUCAAAAUCCCGAAGAUAUAGAGAAUCAGGCAACAGGAAAAGAGCAUGUGGUUCUUAGCAUCUCCGGCAUGACAUGUACUGGCUGUGAGACUAAGCUCAACAGAACUCUCGCUACAGUCCCAGCUGUCAAUGAUCUGAAGACCAGUCUCGUUCUCUCGCGUGCCGAGUUCAACAUGGAUCUGAGGCUUGGUUCAGUUGAUGAGGUUAUCAAGCAUCUUGAACGAACCACUGAGUUCAAAUGUGAAAGACUUCAGACGAAGGGAUCUAGCUUGGAAUUCAUCGUGAAUGGCAGUACGUCUGAGUUUAUUGGCCAAACAUGGCCUGAAGGAGUUCUGGAUAUGAGUCUUGUCGACAAAGAUGCUGUUCGAGUCUCAUUCGAUCCCAAGAUCGUCGGAGCGCGAGACCUUGCUGAAAGAUCUUGGGACCCUCCAGUUAAACUUGCUCCUCCUCGUGGUGAUUCGUCACUUGAAGCAGGUAGUAAACAUGUUCGCCAUGUUGGCUACACUACUCUCUUGUCUGCUGUUCUGACAAUUCCUGUUCUGGUCAUGGCUUGGGCUCCGCUUCGCGAGAAAGAGGUCGCAUACUCUUCGGCUUCCCUGGCCUUGGCCACCAUUGUUCAGGUUGUAGUUGCUGGGCCUUUCUACCCCAAAGCCAUCAAGGCUUUAGUCUUUUCUAGAGUCAUUGAGAUGGACUUGUUGAUUGUUUUGAGCACAAGUGCAGCCUACGUCUUUUCGGUUGUUUCAUUCGGCUACCUCAUUGCUGGCAAACCGCUUUCGACUGGCCAGUUCUUCGAAACUUCUACUCUGCUAGUUACGUUGAUCAUGGUCGGACGAUGGGUUGCGGCCCUUGCCCGCCAGAAGGCAGUUGAGUCCAUCUCUAUCCGAUCACUCCAGUCCUCGACUGCCAUUCUGGUUGACGAGAAGGCCGACACAGAGCGGGAGAUAGACGCCAGACUUCUUCAGUACGGCGAUGUCUUCAAGGUUCUACCAGAUACUAGGAUCCCGACAGAUGGAACAGUCAUGAGUGGGUCGUCUGAGGUCGAUGAAUCGAUGCUUACAGGCGAGUCGAAAUCCGUGGAGAAGCAUUUCAAAAGUGUUGUCAUUGCAGGUUCCAUCAAUGGCCCAGGAGUCAUGACAGUUCGCCUCAACCGCCUGCCUAGUGACAACACCAUCAACGCGAUUGCUGCGAUGGUUGAUGAAGCCAAGCUUUCAAAGCCCAAGUUGCAGGAUCUAGCAGACCGAGUGGCCUCAUAUUUCGUCCCCGUGGUUGUUGCGUUGACUAUUAUUACUUUUGUUAUUUGGGUUGCGAUCGGCAUAACAGUCCGUGGUUAUGGUGGUUCUAAGGCAACUACAGAGGCAAUCACCUACGCCAUCGCUGUUCUUAUCGUAUCCUGUCCCUGUGCGAUCGGCCUGGCAGUUCCAAUGGUCAUAGUGAUCAUGAGUGGAGUCGCAGCAGAAAGAGGUAUCAUCUUCAAGUCUGCAGAUGCUAUCGAAGUUGCUCAUAAGACAUCCCACGUUGUUUUUGACAAGACUGGGACUUUGACUCAGGGAAAGCUUUCUGUCGUUGCAAAUGAGUGUAUUGAUGAAAGUACUCUUCCUCUCCUUUUGGGUCUGAUCGAGAACAGUCGUCAUCCAGUCUCCAUGGCUGUGACGGGCUACCUCAAGGGUAUUGGCAUUGAACCUUCGGUUGUGGAUGAUCCCAAGAGUUUGACCGGCAAAGGUGUCGAAGCGGUCGUAAAAGGACAAAAACUGAAAGCUGGAAACUCUACCUGGCUUAAUCUCUCAGAUGAUCAUCUUGUUCAGCCUAUGCUUUCUCAGGGUCAUACCGUCUUUUGUUUCAUAAUCAACGACAAGUUGCAAGCUGUGUACAGUCUUCAAGACGAACCUCGAAAGGAUGCCUUUGCAACGGUUGAAGCCCUGCAUAUUCGAGGCAUUUCAGUUCAUGUUGUUUCUGGCGAUGAUGAUAUAGCUGUUCAAAGCCUGGCAUCCAAGUUGAACAUCCCACGAGACAAUGUCCGCUCAAGAACUUCACCAUCUGGAAAGAGGGACUAUAUCCAAACUCUCCUCGGUACCUCCACUAAUCGCAAGAAACCAGUUGUCGUCUUCUGUGGCGACGGUACAAACGAUGCAGUAGCACUCGCCCAAGCCACCAUCGGUGUUCACAUGAACGAAGGCACAGAUGUAGCACAGUCCGCAGCAGACGUCGUUCUUAUGCGUCCCGCUCUAAGUGGUAUUAUCACUACGAUAGACGCGAGUCGAAAGUCUGUCAACCGCAUCAAGUUCAACUUCUGCUGGAGCUUUGUGUACAACACUUUUGCCGUUCUUCUCGCUGCUGGUGCUUUCGUCAAUGCCAGAAUUCCACCAGAGUAUGCGGGUCUUGGAGAACUAGUGAGCGUUUUGCCGGUCAUUCUUGCGGCUGUGCUUCUGCGUUGGUCGAAGAUCUAGCUAGGAUAUUGAGAAUCAACUUUGUAACAGCACAGCUUCUGUUGACUCACAUUUAUCUUCGACCAGAAGCCCUGUAGCUGAAUAUUUCUUUCACGUUACGCUUGAAUUUCGACCAGCACAAUGUUGCACGCCUGUCGUUACCGGCCUUUACAGUCUUGAAUUUCGACAAGAAAAAGCGUCCUUGGGCGCCUAGAAAACAUCAGUACCCUUCUAUCCAAGCUCCAUGAUGAGCUUCUUUAAACUACUGCGAGUUCUAACACAAAUUUGGAGAGGGCUGGGGAGAUAUUCGCUCAGCGUCUUCUUCUCUUAAACAUUCACUCGCUUUUACUACGUAGGCAGAUAGUCUUCAUUGUUCGCCAACUUGGCUUUGUUGCAACAGUGAAGUUGAACUGAGCAAUGGAAUUGACUCAUAUAGUGCCUCCCA